AUGGAUCCCGUCAUCAUAACGCCGGAUGACGUAGCUGAGGCGGUCCGUAGGGCCCCGAAUUGGAAAAGUCCGGGACUCGACGGACUGCAUCACUACUGGCUGAAGGGGUUCAUGGUGUGUCACGCUGUGCUCGCCCGACAGUUUCAAGAGGCUCUCGACCAAAAGUCGCUCCCGAGCCUCUUCACUACUGGGAUCACUCAUUUGGUUCCUAAGGACCGGGAUUCCACAGACCCAAGCAAAUACCGCCCCAUAACGUGUCUACCUACCAUAUACAAGACACUAACAUCCAUUUUGAGCGCGAGAAUCAUUCGUCACCUGAACUCAAACCAGGUGAUGUCGCGCGCUCAAAAUGGAUGUCGGGGCGGUGGUCGUGGAACCAAGGAACCACUCCUCAUUGACGCGGUCAUUGGCAAGGUGGUUAAACGCAACCGUCGGAACCUCUCCGCCGCCUGGAUAGACUACAAAAAGGCAUUCGACUCGGUGCCUCAUACAUGGCUUAAGAGGGUCCUCGAGCUGUACAAGGUUGACUGUACAGUUCGAGACUUCCUCGGGCAGUGUAUGGGGCAAUGGAGUACGAUCCUUUGUCAUCUAGGCGAGCGGAUGGCGGCUGCGGAGAACCACAUAAGGAUAAGAAGGGGUAUCUUCCAGGGCGAUUGUUUGAGUCCAACCUGGUUCUGCCUCUCUCUGAACCCUCUCAGUACCUUACUGGAGGGCUCCGGGAGGGGAUUUCAGCUUCGGAGAGGAGGUACAAAAGUGACCCACCUUUUCUAUAUGGAUGAUCUCAAAUGA